AACUUCUAGAAACCCCAAAAACAAUCCAAAAAGAAUCCCCUCUUUUAUUGACACAUUCUUGUUUCUUCAACAAUCUUCUCCCCUAUAAAUACAUAAAGCUGAGACAUGACUUGUAAAAUAACACAAGCCCAACUACCUCUUAUUAAUGAGAGUUAAUACCUUAAACAACUUGAAAUUAAAUUACUCCAAAGUCUUUAAUUUUGUAAAGCCAUCUAAACCCAGAAAGAAUUGUAAUAUUGUCAUUGCUAAAAAUAUGUCAGGAUCAUCAAACACAAAUUCUGAUAUCAACAACCCAAGAUUAGUGAUUAAGAAAGUCUUGGCUGAAUCUCGGCGUGAAGGAGAUGGUGCUACUGUUCGUCGCAGCAUUGGCAGACCGGGAUUGAAGUUUUUGGAUCCUUUCUUGAUGUUGGACGAAUUUUCAGUUUCUGCACCAGCUGGAUUUCCUGAUCAUCCACAUAGAGGAUUUGAGACAGUUACAUACAUGUUGGAGGGUGCUUUUGCUCAUCAGGAUUUUGCUGGGCACAAAGGGGUAAUUAGAACUGGCGAUGUGCAGUGGAUGACUGCUGGAAGAGGUAUAGUCCAUUCAGAGAUGCCAGUUGGGGAUGGAGUUAACAAGGGUUUGCAACUUUGGAUCAAUUUGUCAUCCAAAGACAAAAUGAUUGAACCCAACUAUCAGGAACUGCCAAGUGAUGACAUACCAAGAGCAGAAAAAGACGGUGUAGAAGUACGAGUAAUAGCCGGGGAAUCAAUGGGAAUUUAUUCACCAGUUUAUACAAGAACACCAACCAUGUAUUUGGAUUUCACCUUACAACCAGGAGCCAGUUUUGCCCAACCAAUCCCAGAGUCAUACAACGCAUUCAUCUACAUCAUCGAAGGUGAAGGCGUAUUCGGGUCAUCGAAUUCAAAACCAAUGUCUGCACAUCAAUGCCUGGUUUUGGGACCAGGAGAUGGCUUAUAUGUAUGGAAUGUAUCGUCGAAGCAGCUAAGAUUUGUGCUGAUUGGAGGACAACCUUUGAAUGAGCCAGUAGUUCAGUAUGGUCCUUUUGUGAUGAAUACACAAGCAGAGAUUGAGCAGACUUUUGAGGAUUAUCAGUUUGGCAAGAAUGGUUUUGAGAUGGCUAAUUAUUGGAGAUCCCAGCAAUAAUCUUUAUAUUAAAAAUUUAUAUUUUCUGUUUUUCCCCUGUUCCUACCGAUUAAUAAGGCCUAGGAGUUUGCUAUAUUUUUUUUCUUUUUUUAUUUCUUUUAUUGAUAUCGUUCAAUCAUAGAUUUUUUUAUAUUUCUUUUAUUUACUAAGCAAUAUUAAAUUGAAUAAAGAAAUGAAGAAAACAUAUUUCAUUAUAUUUUUCUA